UUUUCUACUUCUGAUAGACUUUUUUAUGUUGGCGCUAGAGAAGGACAUCUCCCUGAUAGCCUGAGCUUAAUUCAUAUAAAAUGUUUCACCCCUGUUCCUGCUCUUGUUUUUAAUGGUUUGAUGACUUUGGUUUAUCUCCUUGUGGAAGAUGUCUUUCUCCUGAUAAAUUACUACUGUUUCAGCUAUUGGUUCUUUGUCGGACUAUCCAUUGCAGGAUUAAUAUAUUUAAGGCAUAUUCAGCCAGAUAGACCAAGGCCCAUUAAACUCAGUCUCUUCUUUCCCAUUGUAUAUUGCAUAUGCACAGUUUUCCUUGUUAUAGUGCCUCUUUAUAGUGAUACAAUCAAUUCUGUUAUUGGAAUUGGCAUUGCGCUCUCUGGGAUUCCCGCUUACUUUUUGGGAGUUUAUUUACCAGUAGAAAAGAGACCUCGGUAUCUUCAUUGGCUUUCUG